AUAAAGAAAUGUCAAACAAAAACUCAAAACGCGACCGACAUAAUUAUAACCUAAAAGGUGUUACAAAAAUAAAAACUAGUAAAUAGUUACAACAAAUUUGUUUAACUGCAUAACAGGAAACGAAGAGUAAGUGAAAUACAAGUAUAGCAAAAUGCCUGGACCGGAUUUACUAUCUAGCCAAGGUUUGCGAUUAGAUGGAAGACGACCAAACGAACUCCGUCGAAUAAGAUGUAAACUUGGCGUAUUUACACAACCGGACGGCAGUGCCUACUUAGAACAAGGCAAUACUAAAGUUUUAGCUGCUGUAUAUGGUCCACACCAGGCAAGCAAAUCAAAAACUUCAACAGAAGGUGUUGUUGUUAAUUGUCAAUACAGCAUGGCAACAUUUUCUACAGGUGAAAGGAAAAACCGUCCUAGAGGAGAUAGGAAAUCACAAGAGAUGUCUCUACAUUUGCGACAGUCAUUCACAGCAGCAAUCAAAACAGAACUCUAUCCCCGUUCACAAAUUGAUAUUUAUAUAGAGGUUUUACAGGCAGAUGGAGGAGGGUACUGUGCAUCAGUAAACGCAGGCACAUUAGCACUGAUCGACGCGGGAAUACCGCUGAAAGCGUAUGUAUGCGCGUGCACGGCUUCCAUGGCAUGGUAUGCUGGUAAACCCGAGCCGUUAGUUGACGUCGGACAUGUAGAGGAAGCUGCUGGUGGGGUCUGUCUCACUGUAUCCAGUCUACCUUCCACAGGCAAUGUAGCAUUAUUGGAACUAUCACACAAGCUGCACAUGGACUACUAUGAUAUGGUUAUGAGUAGAGCUAUGCAGGGCUGCAGAGAUAUUGAGGUUAUUUUGGACCGCGCUGUCAGAGAUCACUUAGCGGAAGGAUGGACAAAACAAGAUACAAUAACAAUAUAAAUUAUUAAGUAUA